ACCUUCACUCAUUGUGAGUUGUUUUCAUUUCAUUUAUUGUUGGAUUCACACACACUCUCCUUGGGCAAGUUUGUGUCGUGGAUGCAGUCCAUAAUGAGAGUUCCUGGGGGGUUGUUUCUGCUCGUACUUUUGCAUAUAUUUACAGGAAGCAGUUCAGGGACGCUUGUCACCAGCUGUGCUUCAUGUCAUGAUGAAGCCACCUGUUUGGAGUCAAGAGAAAGAGGCGACACUUUCUCCCACCAGGCCCUGUCUUGCGUCUGUAAAGAAGGCUUCGUAGGCGAUGGCCUUACCUGCUAUGAUACUAAACUGUGCAGUGACUCGUCUUGCUGUCGCCAAGGUUACCACUGGUCACCAGACAGGGGCUGUGUGAAAGACCCAUCUGUAAAGGCCAGCUGUGGAGGUGUAGUUUGUCCUUCAGACACAGACUGCAUCAGUGUUAAUGGGACUGAGCGAUGUGCUGAUCCCUGUGAGCACUACUCUAUAAUAGAUGAUGAGUGGCGUUCAGUAAAUAACACAUCGUCAGAGACUAUACACUGUGAUGGAAAUAUUAGAUGGCAAGGCUGGCAUCGCAUGUUUCUGGGUCAAAGCAGUGCUCGUAUUCCAGACUGGUGUGUCAGUCAAUUCUCAUGUGGCACCCAUGCUCCUAUAUGGAUGACACAACCUCAUCCUACAGAAUAUGGAAGAAUUUUAAGUCGCGAUGUGUGUGGUACCUGGCAUAACCGCUGCUGCUCGAUUUUCUCCCACACCAUAAACGUCAAACUCUGCUAUGGAAAUUAUUACGUCUACAAACUUCAGGGAUCAUUGGGAUGCUCUUAUGUAUACUGUGCAGAGACAUAUGAAGCAAACCCCGGAGUUCCUUCAACCACUGAUCCACGACCACAGAACUCCACCACCUUAGCAACUCCAUAUAAGACCACAGUCCAGCCAGGAUUUCCAACCACACAAAUACCACAGCCCACACCAGGGACAAACGGAUCAUAUCCCGGAGUUUCUCCAACAACUCCUCAUCCAUGGCCACAGGCCACUACACAGACCAUUAUCAACACAACGGCACCAGGUAACAACACAGCAGUACCAGGUAACAACACAGCAGUGGAAGGGGAGAUCCGCCUGGUCAAUGGAGGAAACAGCUCCUGCUCUGGCAGAGUGGAGAUCUUCCAUAAUGGACAGUGGGGGACGGUGUGUGAUGAUUCCUGGGACCUGAUUGAUGCUCAGGUGGUCUGCAGACAGCUGGGCUGUGGCAGGGUGCUCUCAGCACCAGUAAUGGCACAAUUUGGACAAGGCACAGGGCACAUCUGGAUGGAUAAUGUCAGGUGCACAGGGAGCGAAUCAAAGCUCUCUGAGUGCCAACACAACGGAGUAGGAAAUCACAACUGUGGUCACAGUGAAGACGCUGGUGUCAUCUGUGAAGCUCUUUCACCAGUGAGGCUGGUCAACUCUGACAACCGCUGCUCUGGCAGAGUGGAGGUCUUCCAUAAUGGACAGUGGGGGACAGUGUGUGAUGAUUCCUGGGGCCUGAAUGAUGCUCAGGUGGUCUGCAGACAGCUGGACUGUGGUGAAGCUCGUGCAGCACCAACACAGGCCCAGUUUGGACAGGGCAGUGGACCCAUCUGGUUGGACGAUGUUCAAUGUUUUGGAAAUGAACCAUCGAUCACAGACUGCACUCAUAGAGGAUUUGGGGUCCACAACUGUGGUCACCAUGAAGAUGCCAGCGCUGUGUGUGAAUUCCAUUCCCCUUCACAUGAGGCUCCUCAGCUUAUUUGCAGAAGUGAUAAACUCCUGAUCGGACUGCAUAUAAACAGCGUGACAGCUGCUGGUUUAAAUCCAUUCUCUGGAAAUCUGGCUUCCCGCAACUGCUCCUGGUUCUCAUUGCAGGAUGAUAGGGUUUGGUACGAAGUGGACGCUCAGGCAGGAGCCUGUGGAAAUGAUCUGAGGACCAACAGCACACAUGCCGUCUACUCCAACGCUUUGUUCAUCUACCCAUAUAAUCAAUCCUUCGCCGUUCCUGUGACUCUUCCCUUCUCCUGUGCUUAUCCUCUGAACACAGACAGCUCCCUGUAUAUGACAAUCAGGCCAUUCCUGCCGGUGUCAGGAGGUAUUUCAGGUGAUGGUCCAAAAGCCAGAGCCUACAUGAAUCUGUAUCGUGACCCCGGCUUCACUGACCGUUAUUCAGGAAUCCAGGUCAGCCUCCCGGUGGGCUCGCCGUUGUAUGUGGGUGUCACUGUGUCGUACGGAGACACAAACUUUGGGCUUGUUCUGGAGGACUGCUUCACCACUCACUCAUCAAACCCUGAUGAUCCCUCGCGAUACCCCUUCAUCCAGAACCAGUGUCCUGCUGCCGGACAACCGGUGUCCAUCAUUGAAAGCGGCAGGUCCCUCCAGGCUCGUUUUUCUGCUGUGCUGUUCACGCUCCAGGAUGAUUACCGAGACAUUUUCCUGCACUGCAACCUGAGCCUUUGUGACCGUAGACGUUACAGCUGUAUCCCAAACUGCAGAAGCAGAACAUCUCGCUCUGUUUCCAGCUCUGCUUCUGUGGAGCCCAUCACCAUUGGACCCAUCACUUGGCAAAAACCAGCUCAGUGAGUCAGAAAGCUACAAUGAUAAUAUCACCUCAUUUCAUGUUUUGAUAUUAAAUUGUUUUCAUUGAAAUUAAUUUUAAUUGUAAUGAUAAAUAAACCAUUGUGCACUUAAA